UCUCACCUCUAUUCCUAAAAAGCUGGAUGGCAGCUAAGCCCACCUAAUUCAGUGUUAACCCCUUCUUUUGCCCACUGAUGACUCCAAGCUGCCAGCCCAAACUCUUAGUAGCUCCACACUGUGAAGUCAAAUGUGUCUCCAACAUACUCUUAACAGCCAAAGCAACACACAUGAAUUUAAGUGAGUGUCUGGAAGAAGAAUUCCAGGAAUCUCUAUUUCAGCUGCAGAAGCAGAAACAGUGAUCAGUAUAACACUAUCUCAAGCCAGCUUGCUCAGUCAGGCAUCAAAAGGAGUAGGAUGCAAGGCUGGAAGCAAAUCAAGCACCUCAAGCUGCAGUAUCACAAGGUUGAUGGUACUAAUCUAAGCCACUUGUUUCAUGCCUAUGCUACAGAAAGCUCACUGAGGUGUUUGUCAAGGUUCUGAACACCAAACCUGCCACUUCCACAAUCCCAUUCUUCUACAGAAGAAUCUGAUUUAUGCACAGGGACAGGACUUUCAAUAAGGAUUCCCAGGAACAGACCAGUUGACAUGCCCCUUGUAUUUAACUUGGAGUAGCUGGAGCAAGCUGUUCUACCAAAUAUUCUUAGUCAUCUCAGAGGACCUACUCAGCAUUGGACAUCCUGUCAGAUUGGGAUACAGAGAAACUGGAGUUGCAGCCCCGCUACCAAGUCUGAAAAAGAUUGUGGGACCAAAGCUGGUAACUGAGGCCCUCUUCUGAAUAAAAUCCCUCUCCGCAUUUCAUAAAGUUAGCCAAAGAAACUGAUUACCGAUUUGAGUCAUCAACAUGAAUUACCACCAAUUUCUCUCUACCAAAAGUGCAUCAAGAAAAUCUUGUCCAAUCAGGCUUCUGAAUCAACUGAUGCAUAAUUCCCCGCUAUCAUUUAUUUCCUUGGCUGGAGGCAAUCCAAAUCCCAAUACUUUUCCAUUUAAGGCAGCCAAGUUCACAACAAAAGAUGACACCAACAUUGAACUUGGAGAGAAUUUGAUGAAGAAAGCUCUCCAGUAUUCAGCCUCCGAAGGAAUUGCAGAACUGUUGUCCUGGCUAAAGGAUUUACAGAAGAGUCUUCACAGUCCUCCCACAGCCAACUACAGCCCUGAACAGGGACAGAUGGAGCUGUGUGUCACCAAUGGCAGCCAGGAAGGACUUCACAAAGAAAGACUGAAAAAACGUACCUAUGUAUUUGACAUGCUCAUUAACCAUGGAGAUACUGUCCUUUUAGAUGGAUUCACCUAUCCUAGGACAGUGGCAGCACUAAGACCACUGGGGUGCAACUUAGUCAGCAUCCCCAGUAAUGAAGGGGGCAUUAUUCCAGAGGCCCUGAAAGCAAUUCUGUCCAGGUGGAAAUCGGAAGAUGCAAAAACAGCCAAGAGCAAGGCCCCCAAGUUCCUCUACAUCAUGCCAAAUGGUAGCAAUCCUGCUGGAACCUCACUGAGCACUCACCGUAAACAACAAGUAUAUCAGCUUGCAAGAGAUUAUGAUUUCCUUAUAAUAGAAGAUGAUCCAUAUUACUUUCUGCAGUUUGAGAAGCCUUGGACACCAACAUUUCUGUCACUGGAUGUUGAUGGUCGAGUUAUCAGGACUGACACCCUGUCUAAUAUUAUCUCUCCUGGGUUGAGAAUAGGUUUUUUAACUGGCCCCAAAUCUCUUAUUGACAGAGUAAUUCUGCAUAUUGAGGUCUCAACAAUGCACACCAGUACUCUCACACAAGUACUAAUAUCACAGCUUCUUCACAUGUGGGAGGAAGAAGGUUUCCUGAACCAUGUAGACAAGGUAAUAGAACUCUACAGGACCCAGCGGGAUGCAAUGCUUGCUGCAGCAAACAAGUGGUUAAAAGGUCAGUCUUGAAACUGGCACAUCCCUGAAGCUGGAAUGUUUCUAUGGAUUAAAAUCAAGGGAAUUUCCUGUGAACAGUGGCUGGCUGUAAACCAGGCUUUCCAGAAUGAGAUGCUGCUGUUCUCCAAUCAAGCUUUUAACAGUGAUGACUCAAAUCCUAGCUUCUACAUAAGAGCUUCUUUCUCUUCACCUUCUCAAGACCAGAUGGAUCAAGCUUUUCAAAGGCUGGCUACACUUAUAAAAGAAGCUGCUUGAAGAGAUCAAGAGAAGAACCUUUGGUGAACUUUUCAGGAAACAGUCAAUAUUUUUACAUUGUUUGUAAUGAAGUAUUCAUUAAAAAUUACUGCAGACCUCUUGUUCCCCAGAGCUCACAACUCUUUUGAGAACUUCUCUCAUACUGUAAUUACAGCAACAGAAUUUAACUGUGUUGUAAUUCUAAAUU